CAGUUACAAAUACUGAGGACAGUGAGUGUGUAGGACAUAUUUCACUGUCUGCAGACUUGAAGAAGAUCGCCAUGAAGCCUCUGCUGUUAUUGUCACUGAGCCUCACAGCGGCUCUGGGAUUACCGUUGAAGCAAAGUCCUGUUGUCACAGAGGGAAAUCUGAGCCCCCUACUGGGGGACUCUGUUCCUGCACAGGGCCAUGUGGAGGUGGAGAAUCAUGCACCUCCACCUGUACUGACACCCAAGAAGGAGCAGAAACCACCAUCUCCACAAGACCAAAAACUAUCAGAGAAUAUGGUUGAACUUGAAGUCAAGGUAAAGCCAGAAAUCCAGAAGAAAAAGGAGCCGAAAGCAGCAGAGGAAGAGGAGGCUGGAAAGGAGCCGAAGGAGAAGCUGGAAGGAGGAAUAGUGGAACUGAAGCUUGAAGUGAAGCCUGAAGCUAAAGGGGCAGAAAAGCUUGAAAUUCAAGCAGGGACACUUGUGAUGAAAGAGGAGGAAGCGGAAAUAGAGUCAGCGAAGGAACCUGAGGUUGAAUCUGAGCCAGAUUUGAAGGUGGAUUUAGAGGUUAAGAUUGAUGAAGCAAGUCUCAUAGAGCCAGAGGAUGCGGUGAUGGAGGAAAAGUCUGAAGCAGCUGCAACAGAAGAGGAUCAACAAGAAGCUGAAACACAGUCUGAGGAUGAAGAUGACACAGAUUUUAAGGUGGAAUCAGAGACUAAGGUCGAACUGGAGUCUCAAGAGAAGGAAGAGCCUGAGGAAGAGUUGACGUCUGCUCAGGAGAGGUUUGAAGUUAACAUGAAUCUGGAUAAAGGAAGUGAGCUCAUGGAGACAGCAGAAAGGCACAUAGACAUGGAAAGACCACAAGAAGCUUUAGGUCAUCCAUUUAUGGAAUCACCGGAGGAUGAUGACAGACUUGAAGAUGAAGAUGAUGACACAGUUCCAUUUGAAGACCAGGAGGACGAGGAGCUCCUGAUGAAGAAAAGCAAUCAUUUAGAUGAACGACGAGUCUUAGAGAUGGAGCCUGAGGCCGUCUUGGGGGAGAAACUAGAUGUGCAUCAGCAGGUGCCCUUUCCAGAAAAUGUGCUCGCUGAAAAGAAGCCUUUUGAGAAGUCAGCACUGAAAGAUCCUCAGACUGAGAGGCGCUUUUGUGCUGCUGUUGCACCCGACUCCAAAUGUUAUCAGUUUUUCAAAGGACCAAAAACCUUUAAGGAUGCUGAGUAUUUUUGUCGGCAACAUUUCUCUGACGGACACCUGGCUUCCAUCACAAGCCAGUUCAUCAACCAAGAGGUGUCGAAGCUGAUCCUGGAGCAAAAUGGGUCAAAUGCACGCGUCUGGGUUGGAGGUUAUCGAUUGGAUAGGAACCACUUCAUCUGGAUGGAUGGAUCCAUGUGGAGCUACGCUGACUGGCUGGCUGGGGAGCCCAACAACACUUCCGGGGUGGAGGAUUGCUUGGAAGUGCUGGGAUACUUUGGAUCUGAACCUGGAAAGUUGAAUGAUUUCACCUGCUGGACCCCUCAGGCCUUCGUCUGCUCUUAUCCUCACCAUUGAGUCUGGAGGAUCAUUUUCAUUCUGAAUUUCUAACAAAUCUGUUCAUGCAUUUGUUUCAUUUUUACAUUUUUCAUUUUAAAUGAAUACAGUUGGAUAAGCAAAUGAGUUUUUUUUGUUUUUUUUUUUAUUACUUUUAAAGCUAGGGCAUCUUAUUAAUAAGUUAUUCUCUUAAAGGUUUUUGUCUCAAAUUUUUGUGUAUUUUUUCACAAUUCUUAGUUGGUCGUUUAUUGUCAUAUCUACCAAAUACGUUGUUAAAAAAUAUUUCAUUCAAAACUGAAUAUUAAUUAAAGUUGGGGGAAAAACUUACAUGACGCUGUUUUGGACUCUUCUUGGGGUUGUUUGAUUAGAAAUCCAGGUUUACUUUGUCUCUACUUCCUUCCAUUGUAAUUUGUAGGUUUUCAGGUAAAAAUGAAAAUGGAGUCAGCAAUUAAGCUGUUAAAUAGUAAUGUACUUAUAAACAACGAAAGCUUUUAAAUUAGUUUAUCCAGUGGUGGGCCAUCAGGUGUUAAUUAUAUUUUAUCCAUGCAUACACAUUAAAUCAUUCCAAAUGGUC